AUGGGUAGCUUAGAGCCUUCUAGCAUCCUCAUCGUGGGCGCAGGCCCCGUCGGACUCGCCUUGGCCCUAGACCUAGGUCGACGUGGUAUUCGGUCGACCAUCGUCGAGCGCAAUCCUAGCGCCAAAGACACGCUCCAAGCCAAAGCAAGCGUGAUCGAUGAACGUACCAUGGAAUUCUGCCGCCUACUCGGAGUUCGUGAUGAUGUUGCCAAUGCAGGCUACCCCGGUGACCUUCCCGGCGAUACUGUCUUCUGUACAGCGAUGAACGGUCACUAUAUUGGCCGUCUCGAAAUGCCCUCCGCUGAGACACGCGAGGUCCCAGAACAGUCUGCCGAGAUGCUACGGCGUUGUCCGCAGAUCUGGUUCGAUCCGGUCUUUGCGCGAGCUGUGCAUCGUCAAGGAAUGACAGAUAUUCGCUACGGCAUGGAGCUCGUUAGAUGUGACCAAAACGACGAUUUUGUUGUUGGUCAUCUCAAGCGCGUUGCUGAUGGCGCCUUGGAGGAUGUGCGAGCACGGUACGUUGUCGCAUGCGAUGGGGCUGGUAGCGCCGUGCGAAAACAACUCGAUAUUCCCUUUGAAGGCAAGAGCCUCGGAUAUGCGAUCAGCUCAAUUGUGCGAGUUGAUCUCUCGAAAUACCACUCCUGGACUCCUGCAGAACGUUUCAUGUUCAUCGGCCCUGACGGGACCUGGGGAAACUUCACGACAAUCGACGGUCGGUCGCUCUGGCGGUUCUCGAUUGUCGGUGGCAAGGGAAAAAUCGAUCUUUCAACCAUUGACAUGGAUGCCCUCUUGCGAAAGGCUCUCGGUGGGGAUGCGCCUGAAUACGAAAUUAUCAAAACGGUCCAAUGGCGACGAAGUCAGUAUACCGCAGGCACGUACAACAAAGGACGGAUCUUCCUUGCUGGGGAUUCCGCUCAUACAAUGUCUCCCACUGGUGGCCACGGCUUAAACACAGGCAUUGCAGAUGUGAUGGGCCUUAGCUGGGUAUUGCAAGCCCUACUCGAAGGAUGGGGAGGACCCGGUCUGCUCGACGCAUACACUGCUGAACGACGACCUAUCGCCAUUCGCAAUGGAGCGGGAUCCUCUCGCAACUUUGGAAUUUGGAUCGACAAAAAUGGGCGUGACAAGGUCCUUGAGGAAGGACCAGAGGCAGAUGAACAGAGAGACAAGCUAGGCAAGAACAUGGCCACCAACAUGCGCCAGGAGUUUCAGUCACUGGGCCUGGCUUUGGGGUAUAGUUACCCUGAAUCGCCGCUCAUCAUCCCUGAUGGGUCUCCUGCGCCAUUCGAUGACCCGGAUAUCUACAUCCAAACCUCUCGCCCAGGUCAUCGUGCACCACAUUACUGGCUGAGUAAGGAAAAAUCGACAAUCGAUCUCUUCGGGCGUGGCUUUGUGCUGCUUUGUCUCGGCGAAGAGGCAGACACAGACGGCGAAAUUAUGCGAUUUGCACGGGAGCUGCGUAUCCCACUUGAGAAGGUUAUUAUCAAUCAGCCUGAGGUUGGAAAGCUCUAUGAACGGCGGCUUAUUCUGGUUCGUCCGGAUGGAAUGGUUGCUUGGCGUGGAGAGGCUCUUCCUGAUGAUUCCCAAGCACUUCUUAAUCAUGUAAGAGGAGCCUCCUCAGUUGUCUGGUAG